AUGGACACUGAUGAUGAUGAUGUAUUUCAGCCCAAUUGUACCAUCAUCAAUAACAGGCCUGAAUGCAAUGGACAUCUGCCCCUAAACAACCAGCGAACUCUUAGUCCACAGAAUUCUUUAAAGAGACAGCCAUUUCCUUCACCAAGAAAUUCCAUCAAAAUCCGCAACAAUUCUGUGAGCAGUACCCAGAGUGUGUGUAACUCGAUAAUUUUGAGUCGCCAGAACUCAUUUACCAGUCGCAGGACCAUGAACUCCUUGUCAUCAAUGAACGGUAUAAAGGAUGAUUACAAACAGAAUAACCUGUCGUCAGAACCAACAGCUAUAGUUGACUCCAUUCCCCAGACCACACCAGAGGAAGAGGAUGAGGAAGAGGAAGACCCCGACGCCAUUGAUGAAGCGAACUGUUCCUGUUCCUGGUGCCCAGAGCCAAAGGGAUGCUUCAAAACCCGCGAGGAGUAUGCUCUGUACCUCUUCCACCCCAACAACAGGCUCCGACGGCUGUGCCAUCAUUUCAUGGCGCAGAGUUUGUUUGACAACAUGAUUCUCCUGUUUAUUGCCCUCAACUGUAUCACGCUUGGCAUGGAGCGACCAGAUAUUCCUCCAAAGAGCGCUGAGAGAAGGUUUCUGACUUACGCCAACUAUGGCUUUACCAUUGUGUUUGCUGUGGAGAUGACCAUUAAGGUACUUGCUAAGGGGCUUGUAAUUGGCAAGCAUGCAUACCUAAAGAGUGGAUGGAACAUCAUGGAUGGAUUCCUGGUAGGGAUAUCACUGGUUGACAUCAUUAUCUCUCUCACAGCCAACAGCAGUCCCAGGAUCUUUGGCAUCCUGCGUGUGUUCAGGUUACUGCGCACCCUAAGGCCCCUCAGAGUGAUCAGUCGAGCCCCAGGCCUGAAGCUUGUUGUUCAAACAUUACUGUCCUCACUCAGACCUAUUGGUAAUAUUGUCCUCAUCUGCUGCACAUUCUUCAUCAUCUUUGGAAUCCUAGGAGUACAGCUGUUUAAGGGCUCAUUCUACUACUGUAAAGGGCCAAACGUGCAUCACGUCAAAAACAGGACCCAAUGCUUGAAGGAUCAACGCAACAUCUGGAUCAACCAAAAGUACAACUUUGACAACCUGGGACAGGCACUGAUGGCUCUGUUUGUGUUGGCCUCUAAGGAUGGCUGGGUCAGUAUCAUGUACACUGGACUGGACGCAGUGGGUGUAGACCAACAGCCACAGAUCAACUUUAAUGAAUGGCGCCUGGUGUACUUCAUCUCAUUCCUAUUGCUGGUUGGCUUUUUUGUCCUAAACAUGUUUGUUGGAGUGGUUGUAGAGAACUUUCACAAGUGUCGAGAGAACCAGGAGAAGGAAGAGAGAGCUAUAAGGGCUGCAAAACGAUCACAGAAGAUGGAGGCCAAGCGAAAGAAGCUUAACAGACCUCCCUACUGGGCCAAUUAUUGCAAAGGUCGUCUUCUUGUCCAUGCAGUUGUCAUUAGCAAAUACUUUGACCUUGCCAUUGCUGGAGUAAUUGGGUUGAAUGUCAUCACCAUGGCAAUGGAAUAUUACAUGAUGCCUGCUGAGCUGCAAUUUGCUUUGAAGAUCUUCAACUACUUUUUCACUAGCGUUUUCAUCAUUGAAGCCACUAUGAAAAUUGUAGCUCUUGGUAUGAUGCGAUACAUCAAGGACAGUAUUCAGCAAUGUUGUCAGUUUCUAUUUUCAAAGUAUUUCCCCCAAUCUCCAUUCCUGCCUAGAACUCAAAAGAGUGUAAAAGUGGUCCUCAGUCCUCAGAGUGUGAAAGUGGUCCUCAGUCCUCAGGUAAUGUACCCCCUCUUAUUAUGUGUGAGGGACACAGAGUGUGAAAGUGGUCUUCAGUCCUCAAGUGAUGUACCCCCUCUAAUUGUGUGUGAGGGACACAGAGUGUGA